AUGGUGCCCGCACCGCCGCCGCUGCCCACGCAGUUUCCCUGCUGGUGCCGCGCAGUCUACUCCUGGGGAGGCGAGUCGAAACGCGACCUCGGCUUCAUCGAAGGCGAUUUGAUCGAAUGCCUCAACGCCGGAGACGGCUCUUGGUGGACGGGCAAGCUAUGGCGCGACAGGAGGACCGUCGGCGUCUUCCCCUCCAACUUUGUCGAACUACUACCGCCCAACUUCCGCCCGACGACGAGAUCCGUCAGCCCGUUGCCCGACAACACGCCCGGUCCCAAGCCUGUGCCCCAGAAAUCCAAGACGUUCCGCAAGCCCUUUGAGGCAUACGCCAAAGCGCCUCACUACACGACGGCGAAGCAGCCAGAGGUCGUCCGAGAGAGCCCGCACACGCGCGCCCGUGACAACUCGGCCAGCUCGUACCAGCCUCCCGCCCACCUUGGCCGAUCCCCAUCGCCAGCGCCGCCGCUGCAGCAUCACAGGAGCUACGACGCCAGAGCGCCGUCGCCUGCCCCUCAUCAGCAGUACGGCAGCUACAAUUCACGCGCGCCUUCACCAGCGCCACCGCCCCAACAGCAGCAUCGCUACGACUACAGAGCUGCCUCACCCGCACCUCCCCAGCAGAGGAGCUAUGACUUCAGAGCCGCCUCGCCGGCGCCCCCUCAACCGAGGAGCUAUGACUUCCGCGCUGCUUCACCAGCUCCACCUCCGCAGAGGAAUCAUGACUUCCGAGCUGCUUCCCCCGCUCCUCCUCAACAACAACAUCAUAGGAACGACUUCCGGGCAGCAUCACCAGCCCCACCGCAUCACGUUGACUACGGAUCGCGAGCGCCAUCGCCUGCCCCGCCGCAAGCUUAUCAGCAGCACCCAAGAGCCCUCUCGCCAGCACCUCCGCCACAGGACUAUCACAGGGCUGCAUCUCCUGCACCACCGCCUCCGUCACACCAUCACCACGGCAGCUAUGGAUCUCGCGCGCCAUCUCCUGCGCCUUCGUUCGGAUACAACCACCACUCGCGGGCUCCGUCCCCGGCCCCGCCUCUGGCACGCAGUGUGUCACCGGUUCCUUCUUUCAUCGACACGUAUCACAAGGAGACGUAUGAUGAGCCAGCACGCGAAGAUUCACCGCCGCCGCCGCCUCCACCGCCCCAUCGUCACGUCAAUGCCUCCCGCAACAGCAUUCACCCCAGCCAAGAACCACGGUACGCCGGCGGUGGGAGGCAUGGCUCGAACCUCUCCUAUGAGCACCGCCAAGACGGGCUCCAGACCCCUCGAAUGCCUUCCCCCUGCCCUCCGUCACCUGGUGGCAGCCACAUGACGCCAUCACCUCUCCGGGAAGCCAUGGACGGUGUCAUUGAGCAGCUUGAUGCCUUGGGUAUGCCCAGGGACACAAGGACCCCCGAACCCGCACCGCUUGAUCCCUGGUCUCCGGAGUGCUUUGACAUGGUCAGCCACCGUGCAAGAAACAAGGCGGCUCAGCGGCCCCAGACGUCCAUGGGACUGGGUCAUCAAGAUGAGGGCUACGAGACCUGGAGCGGAGGAUCCUCGCAGGAGGCAUCUUACCAGAACGGCCAGCGAGAGGAUGCACACGACGCGCCCCAGCUCAGCAACUAUGUCGAACGUAUGGAAACUCGACUACAAGGCUUGCAGCACAGCAACAGCACAACCAGUCACGAUGAGCCCCCACCCCCGCCACCAAAGGGCAACCUAUAUCAGCGACCAAAGUCAUCCAUGGGCGAGGCUCCUGCCCCGGAGAAGAAAGUGCGGACUCGAAAGUCAGCUUACGAUGUUGGUCGAAAUGUCCUAGGCCGCUCCUUUACAACCAAGACUAACUCCACGAGCGCAUCUUCCGGUAACCAGAGCGCGACGACGCAAAGCACGAAUAGGAGCCUGAUGAGCGGCGUAUCGGCCGGUGCUAUCAGCGCGACCAGUGCCGGCAGCCUAGCCAGGAAGAAUGAGCGACGAGAACGCGCCCAGAGCGCCCUCGGCGUUCGAGACCUUGAUAUAGACCGACCCGACAGCCCUUUUACUGGUGUGACAUACCACAGCAGUCACGCAUCCGACGCCUCCCGACCAAAAUCGCAAGCAGGUUUCAACGACGAGAUGGGCUCUGGCCUUGGUGGGCUUGUGCAGCCUAGAGCGCCGAAACGCAGCCUGUUCAAGAAGCUCUUCGACACAGCAAAGACUGGCGUGGCCACCAGCCGGAGCAACCUGGGGUCCGGCGGCGAUCUGGCCAGGCCAUCACCCUUUUCCCGCUCGACGACCGUAGCCUCCCCUGCAACCUCUGGAAUGUCCUCCAUGACAGGCCUUGGCAGCUCGUCCGUCGGCAGGAAUGCUGCCAAGGAGAUGGGCUUGGGGUCUGGGGUAGACUGGGUCCAGGUCCGCCGAGACAUCAAUCGCUCCAACUCGCUGAGCAAGAUUGAGCGCCACGAGCGCCAAGAUCGGUGCCAAAUGCUUGACCACCCCGCUCUCAACCCCGUAGACGAACUCUACCAGGGUGCCGAGGGUGACGAAGGCGCGAAUGGCAUGCCUGUUGACGAUCCAAUCGACUACCAGUCUAUCAACCUCAGCCAGGUCGACAAGAGCACUCGCUUCAUCAGCAGUCUACCUCCGCUUACAACAGCCGUCACCUUGGCGACAUCCUAUGUCUGCCGUCCGUAUCGCAGCGACGUCCAGCGCAUGCGCGCCAUCUUCUCCUGGGUCUCGGAGAGGAUAGCUUGGGAAGAAGACUUUGAGGGCGAAAUCGACACCAGGCGCGUCAUUCAAAGCAGGCGAGCCUGCGUCGAAGAGUACGCUGUCUUGGUGAUGGAGAUGUGUGCCGCCGUGGGCAUCGAGUGCGAGGUAGUCCGCGGGUACCUCAAGACACCGGGCGAAACGCCCGAUUUUGGCAUCAUGCCCCGGUCCAACCACUGGUGGAACGCAGUCCUGGUCGACAACGAGUGGCGUAUGGUUGAUUGUUGUCUCGCCAGCCCCUCCAACCCUCGCCGGCACCUCUACUCUGGUGCCGGCAAUUCAGCUGCCGACUCGUGGUGGUUCCUCACUCGCCCGACCCAGCUGUGCUGGACGCACAUUCCUGAGCACCAUGAGCAGCAACACAUUUGCCCACCGCAGGCGCACGAGGUGUUGCUCAACCUGCCCUGUGCGUGUUCGCCGUACUUCAAGAACAUGAUGCAGAUGGUGGACUAUAACACGUCUCUUACACGCAUUGAAGACCUCGAGAUGGUGCACAUCAAGUUCAACGUACCAGCCGAUGUCGAAGUGGCUGCCGAAGUUGAGGUGCGUGCAUACAGCCGGGACCAAGACGGCGAUGUGUUUGAGAGCGGCGAAAUGGUCAAGAAGAGGGCCCUUGCGCAGGCCGAGUGGUCCAACGGAUACAAACGAUACACUGUCAAGGCGUUGCUACCUGGUGACGAGGGUCAAGGCGUCCUCAAGGUCUACGCAGGCAAGCGUGGGCUGAUGCACAGCAUCAAGGACAUUCCCCAUCCCAUGGCCUUUGCUCUGCCCAUCACACACACGGGCGAGAACCCGCCCUAUGAUUUCGUCACGAGGCAUCCGACGCCGCACGCCCAACGACACGACAUUUACGUCGUCCAGCCACAGUGCCAGCGGCUGGCGCUCAACAACACCUUUGUGUUCGCCAUCAGACAGCACCCGAGCUCGGCUAUCGUGGACUCGAUCAUGACGCCGGCGUCGAACCCGGGCGCGGCGAGCCCCAUACCGUUCGCUCGGCCAAGUUCUGCUAUGAGCAUGACCGCUUCUAGCGCCAGUGGGUCCAACCCCAGUACCGUCAGCGGCAACAAGCCGGCCAAGCUCGCGAUCCAAACGCCGGCGGGCAAGAUUCUGCGCUUGAUGCGCAAGGACGACCGCAAGGGUAUCGGUGUCGGUGGCCGCAACACGAGGGACGAGGAGGGCAGCGACGGGGGCACGUGGGAGACUAUCAUCAAGUGCUCGGAGAAGGGAGUUUGGAGGGGUCUGGUGCUGGCUGACCGCACUGCGCGCUGGUGUGUUUUUGCCGAAUGGGUCUGCCUCGGAUGA